CACUAGCGUCAUCUGUGUCAUCUUUGCAUGGUCAACCAUUCAUAUAUCAUUUCUUUAGAAAAUGGCAACGUUCUUUUGGGCAUCACUUUCAAUUUUUUGAUGUUUUCAGAAGCCGAAAUUAUUUUUUCAUACGUGUGUGAUUUGUGAAUCGCUGUGUGGUGAACUGCAUAUCUCGAUAUUAUUCGAAGUCAUUAAGCAUGUUUAUUAAAUUCAUGGGUUAAACAUAUAUUAAAAAUGUUAAAAACAUUUCGUAUUCUGUUAUCACCUCAUCGGAAGGCUUAAGAAAUAACUAUUAAUACCGAGUGUUGGCGUAUUUUAGAAAUAUAUUCUUCAGGAUGACCUCAAUUAUCAAAUUACUUCCUUUGUCUGGAGUUUAUAGUGAAGAUCCACAUUGUUACUUGUUACAAGUGGACGAGUUCAAAUUUUUGCUUGAUUGUGGAUGGGAUGAAAAUUUUAAUAUGACUCAUAUUAAGGAAUUAAAAAAGCAUAUUCACCAAAUAGAUGCAGUGUUGUUAUCCUACCCAGAUAUUUUGCAUCUGGGUGCCCUACCUUAUGUUGUUGGAAAGUGUAAUUUGGAUUGUCCUAUUUAUGCUACUGUUCCUGUUUAUAAAAUGGGACAGAUGUUUAUGUAUGACUUAUUUCAGUCUCGUCAUAAUACUGAAGAGUUCACCCUUUUUACCCUGGAUGAUGUUGAUGCAGCUUUUGAUAAAAUAAUACAACUGAAAUAUAAUCAGUCUAUCAAUUUGAAAGGUAAGGGACAAGGCAUUGCGAUAACUCCUCUACCUGGUGGACACAUGAUAGGUGGUGCCAUCUGGCGAAUAGUCAAAGACGGUGAAGAAGACAUUGUAUAUGCUGUUGAUUUUAAUCACAAAAAAGAAAGGCAUCUGAAUGGCUGUGUGUUAGAAUCCAUCACUCGACCAUCUUUACUCAUUACAGAUUCUUACAACUCUACCUACAUUCAGCCACGGAGGAGGUUUAGAGAUGAACAACUCAUGACGAAUGUUCUCCAAACUUUAAGAAAUGAUGGUAAUGUUAUGAUAUCAGUAGAUACAGCUGGAAGAGUUCUGGAGUUAGCUCACAUGAUGGAUCAGUUGUGGAGAAGCCAAGAUUCUGGGUUGAUGGCAUACUCAUUAGCACUAUUAAAUAAUGUCAGCUACAAUGUUGUUGAAUUUGCAAAAUCUCAGGUUGAAUGGAUGAGUGAUAAAAUUUUACGUUCAUUUGAGGGUGGACAGAAAAGCAACCCUUUCCAGUUUAAACAUCUACAGCUAUGUCAUAGUCUUGGAGAGCUAAAUAAAGUACCUGAACCAAAGGUUGUUUUGGCAAGCAUGCCUGGAAUGGAAUGUGGUUUUUCUCGAGAAUUAUUUAUCCAGUGGUGUGGAAAUCCUAAAAAUAGUAUCAUUCUCACCUCCAGGAGUUUGCCAAAUACGUUGGCCAGGACUCUUAUUGACUUUCCAGAACAAAGAACCGUAGAACUCCAGAUUAGAAAACGAGUCCGCCUUGAAGGUUCUGAGUUAGAAGAAUAUUUAAAAAAAGAAAAGGAAAAGGAGUUAGAAGCCGCCAGACAGCGAAGUGAGAGAGAUGCCGAAUUUGGAGGUUCAGAUUCGAGCGAGGAAGACGAAGAUGAACUGGAGGUAGACAGAGGCGGUAGCGCCAGACACGACCUCAUGAUGAAAAUAGAAGGGAAGCAAAGGGGUGGAGGUUUUUUCAAACAAGCCAGAAAGUCUUAUCCCAUGUAUCCUCUGAAGGAAGAAAAAAUUAAAUGGGAUGACUAUGGAGAAAUUAUAAAACUUGAGGACUAUAUGAUUUUAGAACCGUCAAAUCUUGAAGAAGAAAACAAAGAAAAUAAAAUAGAAAAUGAUGACUUAGUACAAGAUAUUACAGAAGUCCCAACAAAGUGUGUUGCCCUAAUGCAGACACUGGAUAUAAAAUCUUCUGUACAGUAUAUAGAUUUUGAGGGUCGAUCAGACAGUGAGUCCAUUAAAAAAAUUCUCAGUAUGAUUAAACCUAGAAGGCUGAUAAUCGUCAGAGGGACUCCCGAGUCUACCGAAGCCUUGGUCAAUUAUUGCGUUUCCGGGGCUGUGCCCGGAAAAGUGUUCACGCCCCAUUUGCUAGAGAUUGUUGAUGCAACCACGGAAAGUCAUAUUUAUCAGGUCAAACUGAAAGAUUCUCUGGUUAGUUCGUUAGAUUUUGUUAAGUCCAAAGACGAUGUUGAACUUGCUUGGGUGGAUGGAGAAAUCAUAAUGGAGGAGGAGGCUGACAAAAUAGUUAUGAAUAACACUGAGAAUCCAGAAGAAGAUGAAGAAACAGAAGAUACAAAAAGAAGUGAAAGUGAAAUAGAAAAAAUACCAGUUCUGCAGCCUUUACCUACAAGUCAGAUAUCUGGUCACCCCACCCUAUUUGUCAAUGAAGUACUGCUUUCUGAUUUUAAGCAAGUUUUGAUGAGAAACGGUAUAAAUGCUGAGUUUGCUGGUGGAGUAUUGUACUGUAAUGAUGUUGUUGCUUUAAAAAGGAAUGAAUCUGGUCAUAUUGAUUUUGAGGGAGUCCUAACAGAAGAUUAUUUCAGAGUCCGAGAAUUAUUGUACGAACAGUACGCAAUUAUAUAGUGUAUAUUUUAGUGUGAUUUCCAUAUCAUCAUUUGUAAUUAGCAUCAUCAUCAUUAUGAUUUUAUUUCAGGAUGUAAAUAGAUCAACAAUCAUUCGUGUUCAAAACUGUAUCAUCAAAUUAAAUUAUUUUUUAUAGUUCUGUC